AUGACUUUAGGUAAAUUGAAAACAAGUAAUAGAAUUGAGAAACCUACAAUAAUGGAGUCUACAUCAUCAUCAUCAUCUGUUUCAAGUGCUGUCAGUGGUAAUUACCCAAUUGUUAGAAGACGUAUAUCAAAAGCUUGCAAUUAUUGUCGUCAAAGAAAAAUCAAAUGUAAUGGGAAUACACCAUGUUUGAAUUGUAAAAACCAUCAAAUUGAAUGUACUUAUUCCAAAACCAUUAGAAAGAAGAAGAAGCAAACAACAAAGAAGUUAACAUUACAAGAUUUAGAGAAAAGAAUGAAUAAAAUGGAUCAAAAAUUUGAUCUUUUAAAUGAACAACUUUCAACUGUUUUAAACAUACUUGCUGAUAAUAAAUUAGGAUUGAAAAAUCAUGGUUCCAAGUCAAACAAAGUUAAACAAGAACAAAUAGAUGAAAGUGCUAGUAUAACGAGCAGUGACGAAGAUGAAGAAGAUAAUUAUGAAGAUGAAGAAUUAGAUGAUGAAGAGGAUAUAUUGGAUGAACAUGCAGAUGAAGUUUAUGAAGAACAAGAAGAUCAUGAUGAAUUUACACAUCAGCAACAACCACAACUACCUCAGCAUAAUUAUUUAUCACCAUUAUCAAACUCUUCUCAUAGUGAAAGUGUAUCUUCUAAUGAUUCUAAUGAUUUCAACUAUAACUAUGUUGACUCAAGUGCUAAUGGGUUAAACAACUUCAACACACAAGGUUUUGAUGCUAGUAUAGUUCCUACAUUGGGCGGUUCCUAUACAUUGGAUAAUGCUUAUGAUAACAUAAAUUUGGGAAAUAUGGGUGCUGUCACAAGCUCUAAUGGGAAUGGUGCUUUUGAAUUCAACAAUUUGGAUAGCAAGUUGAAUGGUUAUUUGUAUUCAGAAGUUCCAAUUGUUUUAAAUGGUUCACAACUGGAUAACAAUGAUCAUGCUUUUAGUUGA